AUGAAGGCACCCUUUAUCGCUGCCGCUGCCCUGCUCGCGGGUGGUGCGUCCGCCGAGGUUCACAAGUUGAAGCUCAACAAGGUCCCCUUGGAGGAGCAGUUGUACACCCACAACAUCGACGCUCAUGUCCGCUCUCUUUCCCAGAAGUACAUGGGCAUCCGCCCUUCUAUUCAUGAGGAACUCCUUCAGGACCAGUCCAUCAAGGACCAGGGUCGUCACAACGUGUUGGUUGACAACUUCUUGAACGCCCAAUACUUCAGCGAGAUCGAGAUUGGUACUCCUCCCCAGAAGUUCAAGGUUGUCCUCGACACCGGUAGCUCGAACUUGUGGGUGCCCUCGUCCGAAUGUGGCUCCAUCGCCUGCUAUCUUCACAACAAGUACGACUCCUCUGCGUCGUCCACGAGUAAGAAGAACGGCACCGAAUUCUCCAUCCAGUAUGGAUCCGGAAGUCUCAGUGGCUUCGUGUCUCGGGACACCGUGAAGAUUGGGGACCUCAAGAUUGAGGAUCAGCUGUUUGCUGAGGCCACCAGUGAGCCGGGCCUUGCCUUCGCUUUCGGCCGUUUCGACGGCAUCUUGGGAUUGGGAUUUGACACCAUCUCGGUCAACAAGAUUGUCCCUCCCUUCUACAGUCUGGUCAACCAGAAGAAGGUCGAUGAGCCCGUCUUUGCUUUCUACCUGGGUGAUGCCAACAAGGACGGUGACACCUCGGAGGUCACCUUCGGUGGUGUUGACGAGGACCACUACACUGGCGAGCUAGUGAAGAUUCCUCUUCGCCGCAAGGCUUACUGGGAGGUCGACUUCAACUCUAUUGCUCUCGGUGACAACGUUGCUGAGCUUGACAACACUGGUGUCAUUCUGGACACUGGCACUUCGCUCAUCGCACUGCCUUCUACUCUUGCUGAGCUUCUUAACAAGGAGAUCGGUGCUACUAAGAACUUCAUGGGCCAGUACAACGUUGACUGCGAGAAGCGCUCCUCUCUGCCUGACCUCCAUCUUCAACUGGGCGGCCAUAACUUCACCAUCACCCCCUACGACUACACCUUGGAGGUCCAGGGCAGCUGCAUGAGCUCCUUCAUGGGCAUGGACUUCCCCGAGCCCGUUGGUCCCUUGGCCAUUCUGGGAGACUCGUUCUUGCGCAAGUGGUACAGCGUGUAUGACCUUGGUAACGGCGAAGUCGGUCUUGCGAAGGCCAAAUAA